CUUCAGCCUGAAGAUAGGAAAACAGGAGACGACCAUUCCGAUCAGAUACACGGAAUUGUUCGUAGAACCCUCUGCGGCAGCUAAUCUUAUUCCCCAAGCGAUUUCUGUUGUAACAUCCGCUGGUGACAAGCGCAAUGACGCAGAGAGUGUCGCUCUCGCCGAGCCAGCAUCCUCGCCACAAUCUGAGCACCUGCCUUCUCCUCCUCUCCCUCCUCGUCUUCUCGUCUCUCCACGCCACGUUGGCCUUUCGCUCCUCCGCGGGGCUCCGCGUGGACAAGCUGCGCGGAAUGAUGCGCGGAAAGAUGCAAGGCGGACGCUCGACCGGACAGCAGCAGCAGCAGCAGGGCGGCGGAAUUGGCGGAGGAGGUAUGGACGGCGGCGGAAUGGGCCGGGGGGGAAUGGGUGGCGGCGGAACGGGUGGCGGCGGAAUGGGUGGCGGAGGAAUGGGCGGCGGCGGAAUGGGCGGCGGCAGAAUGGGCGGCGGCGGAUUGGGUGGCGGCGGAAUGGGCGGCGGUGGAAUGGGCGGCGGCGGAAUGGGUGGGGGCGGAAUGGGAGGCGGCGGAAUGGGCAGCAGCGCAACAGGCGGCGGCGGAAUGGGCGGAGGUGGAAUGGGCGGUGGGGGAAUGGGCGGAGGCAUGGGUGGUGGAACGGGAGGGCGUGGCUCAGGGUCUUCUGCUCCAGGGUCGCAGGCAGCACCCGGCGGAAUCAGCAGCGGCAGAAUGGGUGGUGGAGGAAUGGGCGGCGGCGGAAUGGGCGGCGGCGGAUUGGGCGGAAUUGGCGGAGGUGGAAUGGGCGGUGGGGGAAUGGGCGGAGGCAUGGGUGGUGGAACGGGAGGGCGUGGCUCAGGGUCUUCUGCUCCAGGGUCGCAGGCAGCACCCGGCGGAAUCAGCAGCGGCAGAAUGGGUGGUGGAGGAAUGGGCGGCGGAGGGAUGGGCGUCGGAGGGAUGGGCGGUGGAGGAUUGGGCGGCGGAGGGAUGGGCGGUGGAGGUAUGGGCCGUGGAGGGAUGGGCGGCGGGGGAAUGGGCGGAGGGAUGGGCGAUGGCGGAAUGGGCGGCGGAGGUGUGGAUGGCUCCGGCUCGUUUGCUCCAGGGUCGCUGGCAGCACCCGGACUGGGCGGAUCUGGGAUAGGCAGCGGGAUUGGAGGAGGCAUGGGCGGACCUGGUGGGAGCAUGGGCGGACCUGGGGGCAGCAUGGGCGCACCUGGGAGCAGCAUGGGCGGACCUGGGGGCAGCAUGGGUGGACCUGGGGGCAGCAUGGGCGGACCUGGGGGCAGCAUGGGCGGACCUGGGGGCAGCAUGGGCGGACCUGGGUCAUCUGCUCCCGGAUCAGAAGGAGCCAUGAGUCAUGGGGGGAGCAUGGGCGGAGGCAUGGAUGGGGGUAUGGGAGGAGGCAUGGAUGGGGGUAUGGGCGGAGGCAUGGAUGGGGGUAUGGGCGGAGGCAUGGAUGGUGGUAUGGGCGGAGGCAUGGGGCGUUGAAUGGACAAAUGGAAGAAAAAAUUGCAAAGUGGACUGAUGCUCGCGACUUCUUUGGAGAUUAGGCAACGGUUGUAGGGGCCUCAGUCGCUUUGCGGGGCUCACAAUCACUGCCAGAACUUGGCCGCAGCAGCCCUGACAGUGACAGGCGCACGGAACUGUCUGUCGGUGCUGCUUCGUCCAAGAUCUUGACAGUCGGUGCAGUGCAGCCACUUGUGUAGUCACAUCGCCUUUCAUAAGAUCUAGUCUUUGAACAAAUGUGAUACCUCUCUGUGUUUUGGAAAAUGUGCGCUUUUUAUCCCCUCUCUUCCCGCUGAAGCAGAAGGAUGCUAGCUGUUAUGUAACAUCAUGAGAGAAAAACGAUAAGGUACAUUAUGUUAUGUCAUUAUUUCACAA